AAAUUUUACAUAAAAGAGAUGUAUAUGAUUAUUUACAUAAAUGAUUGUUCGAAAGUGGCAGACACGCGGUGGUAUGACAAUAUAAGCAGAUGUAGUUAUAUCAAGGAGUUGGUUUUAUCAAUGGUUAUAUCAUGUUAUAUCAUUUACGAGCUACCCCGGGAGCUACCCUAUACACUUGCAAACUGUUUGCCCUGCUUGUCGAUACAUUUUUCAUUUCACAACGAAAGUUGGUGUACAGCGAUUUGAACUUGAUGGCGCAAUAUUCCUCAUUGGCAUAAGAUUGUGAAAUGUGUGAAAUAUGAGUGUCUCCUCAUCAACCAAUAGUAUUACUCAUGAACCUUGGACUCGGAAAAACCCAGGCAAGCUACGGUGGUUAUGAACACCCAACUGUUCUAUACUUUUAACACAGGUCAUGCAAACAUAUACAUCCGUAUAAAAUACAUGUGCACGUCGAUCGAGGAAACACAGGUUUGUUACCGGUCACAUCGGCGGGGUGAGGUGAACUUCGCAAUCCAGGCUGAAUGUGGAUGCCAGUCCAAAAAGAGACUUCGAACAUUGGUUGGUGAUUACUGACCCCAGGAGUUUUCAGGCUAGAGUGAGUGUUCCGUUUCACAGCGUCGGGUCUUCACUUCUAUUCACUUUGAACCAGUAAGGGUUAAAAUGGACAUCUUCACCAUCUUGUUUUAUCUGUCAUCAGCGGUGGCAGCAACUGUUGCCUAUAGCAACAAAGGACCCGGUACCACCCAGAACAUCACGGAAGUAUUGACCGGGAGAUGCGAGGAAUACCGGAAAUGCCUCUUGGGAGAGCCGUGUCUUCCAUAUUAUCGUCGUGUAAAUUGUGCUAAAGCAGUGAACUCGUUCUUAGGAGGCGUCCGCAAUGUAGAUCCUUGUGUGACCCCACCCGACGCGUUCGAUGAAUUCCUCAAAAUGGUUCCUCCAACUACUGCACAUGGAACGACGAUGUUUUGGUCAGGUGUGGCCGGUGCGAACAUCCCUCAGGACAUCGCUCAGGUGACCACAGCCUUCACCGUCCUUGAGGAAACUUUCCCCGGCUUUAUGGCUGGUAACCUGUCCUGGUGUGGUGCUACGGAUGAAGAACAGUCUGAACCCGGCCUCAACUUCACCGUCUGUCCGACAUGGCGGAGUGAGACGUGUCCGAACAACACCAAGGCGGCUUUCUGGGACAAGGCAUCUAAGAUGUUAGCAAACCAGGCCGCUGGUGAUGUUUAUGUAACUCUGAAUGCGCAAAGGGAAGGCGGUGCUUUCAACAACGGCAGUGUAUUUGCCAGGAUAGAAUCACCCAAUCUAAACCCGGACGCUGUCACGAAUGUCGCCAUCUAUCUCAUUCCAGAUUUCACUCUUCCGAUUCCAAAUGAAAUGUAUCGAGAAACCUGUACAAACGGAAGCGUAUUAUACUUAAGAAAUCGCUUGAUGAAUAUGAAUUUCAAUGUUACUUGUGAGGAGGAUCCAACAGAGGUGAUGUGGCUCCAAUGUGCUCGUUUUCCCGAUAGCCCUUACUGCGACCGAUACAACGGGGAAGGCAAGACAGUGGCAACCGUAUCAUUCGUAGUGAUACUGCUUCAAUUUGCUUCUGCUAUAUCACUCAGCAACUGGAAUCUAAGAUCAUAGAUCUUCUUCAGAAAUAAGGAGGAGGGGAGGGGGGGGAGAAACUAUUGAAAUAUGAAAUAUUUUCCACCGGUAACGAAGGCAAUACAUCAGAACAGAAGGAAUGGGAAAUAACGGGAUAUAAUCUGUUUUGACCUUGGUCACAUUUGCUCUACGGCGGCCGUACGGCAAGUCGAAAACAGCCGUUUUAAC